UUAAAUUUAACUCAUUCAAUGCUAUGCUAUAAAAACUACUACUUAUAAAAGUUGUUUGAUAUAAAUAAUUUUAAAUAGUUAUUUUGUUUCAGUAAAACUUUUGUAAUAGUAAGACUACUUAAAUCAUAAUGGCAGCACUAACACAAAGUACAGUUAUGGAAACAACAACAGCAAGUCAGCCUUCAACGACAACAAGUCUGCCUUUAAUUUGCGACGCAAGCAUAGAUUCAACAAUAAUUUAUAUUACAGCAGGAAUCUCAUACGCUCUGCUGCUUUUUAUGUUUAUAUUUACUAAAAGGAAAGUCAAAUGUUGCUGGUUUAAAAGACCUGGAUGUCUCGUAGCAUUAAACAUGUUGGAUAACUAUGAAAAUCGUUUUGGAUACACAUUAGCGUUUGGAUUAACUGUCACCAUGUGCGUUUCAAUUGUUUUAGAUGAUUAUGCUCCUAUUAUUGGGCCAAAGAUGGCUGCAACAAUAACAAACUUACCACGCACCAUGAAAUGGUUAUCAGUUAUUUUCAAAAUCCUAUUUUCUGGAGUUAUAGCUGUCAUUGGAGCUCCAUUUUUUAUUUGUCAAACAAUGAAAAACCGCCUUAUAGGUUCUAUUAUUGGUUUCCUGUUUUGCUUUAUUUGGAUAGUUUUUGAAGUGUCAAAAGUUAUGUAUUUGGCUAACAGCUGUUGGGGAGUUAAUGAAAAGAAUUUAAGCUUGAUCAAUUUAUCAAUGCAAUUCCCAAAGUAUGCUUGUUUGAUUUUACUCACCCUAAAGUUUGUGUAUUUGUUCAUAAAAACGCUCAUUAACAGAAAAAAAAGUUCUACAAAGAUUUCAUGGAUGCUGUUUGAUGAUACUAACUGGAAAGAAGAAUAUAUGUAUAAGCAUGUAACAUUUUUAUUAAAAAAACAAAAUCAAUUCAAGCCUCCCGAGGUUCAAAGUUCAUUAUCCAAGCAUGCAAUUAAGACAAAGUUGCAGUCAAAAAUUUACAAAUACACACCAGAAUUUCAAUACUCUAUUCGAAUGAUAUCAUCAGGCUUUGUUUCAAUAUUAGUCAUUUACAUAAUCAUUGUUCGGAUUUUCAUACUGUACAAGGUGCUUAUUGGACAUGACGGUGUUCCAGGUCUAAUUAUUGCUAUUAGCAAUUAUAUCAUUAUAAAAGGUUGGCUCAGAAGUGAGCAAAUGAACCAAUACAUUACUUGUUUUAAAGUGAGUGUGUAUUUGGCUUUAUCUUUAACUAUUGCUUCAUUUUUGCUUGUACUUUUUAAUUCAUUUAAAUGUUAUCGAACACAUAUUUUAAAGUUGCGAAAAGGAGAUUGGUCUUUUCUGCCCAGCUCUCUUCGUCGUAAACAAUUUGAUGCUAUUACUCCUACAUCACUCAUGGUUGCCAGUAUGAAGUUUGCCGGAUAUCAAGUUGCUUAUUCUUUAUGGGGUUGCUUUAUUCUCUUUGACAUCUUUUUCAUUGUUGUGUUUGCAUUAAGCAUCGAGAUUAACAAUAUAAUCCAUAAAAAGUUUUCAGUUAUUUUGACAUAUUUACCUUAUAUGUGGCAAACAAUUCUUGUUGGUAUUAUUGUUAUGAUCAUUCAAAAACUACUUGCAAGAUUUGUUUUUAUAAUAAAUAAAAAUGUUGUUGCUGUUAACAACAGAAGAGUUUAUCAUGGUGCUGCUUUUUUAUUUUUUUACUUCAAUAUUUUUAUUGGUCUUGUUACAUCUUUUAUGCGAAUUAUCUAUGGCAUGAUACUUGGAAUUAUUUUUUUUCAAAGAUUGCAACAUAGUUCUCUUCCAAGGUACUAUGAGAAGUUUGAUCCAGGUUACAUGGCUUACAUUGGUUACAUUUUAUUGGAGCAUUUUCAUGCAAAUCCUGUUGUUCAAUGUUUUAUUCGUUUGUUAACAGAUCAAUGCUGUAACAAAUUUUCUAGAGAUGAGGAUGUCUAUUUUGAAAAUUCAGUGAUGAAGUUGGUUGAAAAAGGUUCUAUACCGGCGGAAAAGUUGCGUCGCUGUCGAAAUAUAAACAGGUGGCACUUAUACGUUAUGCUUUCGCAGAAUGUUUCACUUCAGAAAUAUCGUUAUCAUAGGUUAAAAAAAGCAACUCAGUUAUCAGUUUCUGGUAUGCUAUUCAACAUUCAUUCGUCAAAUUUUGUUAUACCCAUUAACAAUGUUUCAUAGUAAUAUUUGUGUUACGAACUUUAAUUCAUGGAAUGGUUGUUUUAAGGAAAAAAGCACUGUUUAUAAUAAUAGACAUUGUUUAGAGAAUCAAUAUAGCUACUA